GUACAUGUUCCAUACGAUGCAGGUGCCAACACUGACUUUGUCGCAGUACUUCAGAACACAGAAACAGCACCUCUUUCCUGCCGUGAAUGAUGUCUUCCUGAGCAGACAAGCUGAGCUACUGGACCGGCUCCGCCCAGUGCCCCUGACCCUUGCGGGAGAUGGCAGAUGUGAUUCGCCAGGCCACACAGCCCUCUAUGGCACUUACACACUGCUUGAGACAGUUGCCAAUAGGAUCAUCCACUUUGAAUUGGUCAAGUCAACAGAAGUCUCAAGCAGCAAUGCCAUGGAGGUACAUGGUCUAAAGAACUGCCUUGCCUACCUUGAAGCACAUGACAUGGUUGUGGACACCAUAGUGACUGACCGCCACACUGCAAUAAAGUCUGUGUUAAGGGAAUUGUGUCCACACAUCAAACACCGUUUUGACGUGUGGCACGUUGCGAAAGGGAUCAAGAAAAAGCUUGUGUCUCUCAGCCGCUCCACAAAGCACCACGUUGUGAAGUUCUGGAUAGAGAGCCUUAUCCGACACAUAUACUGGUGUCCAAAGUACAGUGGGGAAAGUGGUGACCUUUGUCUGGCGAAGUGGGUAUCGGCAGUGAACCACAUUGUCGAUGUCCAUGAGCAUGACAACCCACUGUACCCAGUUUGUUAUCAUGGCCCAGUUUCAGAACCACGAGAAUGGCUCAAAGAAGAUAGUGAGACGUACGCAAAGGUCAAGGACAUCUUGACAGCACCCGCACUGCUCAGGGAUGUCCCUAUGCUUUCUGCAAAACAACAGACAUAUGGCCUGGAGUCAUACCACAGUGUCCUGAACCACUUUGUUCCGAAAUCCUAUUCGUUUUCUGAUGAGGGGAUGGUGGCCAGGACACAGUUGGCAAUACUCCAUUACAACGAGAAUGCUGACCGUGUGCAAGUGGAAAGAGAGGGCUCCAAGCAGUUCCGACUGAAGCCAUCCAAGCUGAAAAAGACGUGGGUGGCCGUACCCCUCAAAGAAAAUGCUACCUAUGAUUAUGCGGCAACACUGAUUGCAGAGGUUCUGACUCGCAUUCAAGAACACCAAACGCAGUCAGCAGCUGCAGAAACUCGGCCAGCUCGUUCAGCAACAUAUGGUGAGAAGCCAACUCUUAGGCAAGCUGUGGAACAACACCAAACACGGUUCCAGAAGGGAAAGUAGGCCAUGUCCAC